AUGAACUUUUUUUGUAACAACUUCAAAAAACUUUAUACAGCUGGAAUCAAACGUGUUGAUGGAUACAUAUUCCCGUGUCAAUCUUCCUCUUGUAAAGGUGGUGCUGAACAGGUGGCUGCAGCUUCGUCUGCACUCGAGAAAGCUGGAGCUAAAGUUGACACUCUAUGGCUCGACGUUGAGAGACACCAGUGGCCAAAAGAUCACGUGAAAAAUCGCGCUUUUAUUGAAGAAAUGGGAAACAAGCUCACCGAGCAUGGACAUAAGUGGGGAGUGUAUACCAACCUGAACAAUUGGAAAGAAAUUGUUGGCCUUGACUAUACCGGCAUGAAGGAUAAACCGCUGUGGUGGGCCUACUAUGACAACCAACCGAAUUUCAACAACUUCAAACCCUUUGGUGGAUGGGAAAAACCAGCCAUUCAUCAGUACAAAGGCGACGUUACUGGAAGGUGUCCAGUUAAGAGUGAUCUCAAUUGGCUGCCUGAUGAAUGA